AUGAGUGUCUCCCGACCAGCGAGAUGUCUCUUCAACGCGCCCCUUCCCAAACUCCGACCCCUCACCCGACGACAGAAUUUCCACGCCUCGACUCCCCUGCCCGCACGACGCCGUUCCCGUUUUGCUAGCAUAAAACAAUCAGAUCUCGAUGCUGCCCCUGCGAAGGAACUCUAUCCGAAGUACAGUAAGGAGGAGAAGACUUUAUUGGGAAAGCGAUAUACGCCGGAGCAAAUUGCUGCUAUAGACGCUGCGGAGGAAGCGGUCGAUGCGGAUGAUUUAAAAAGUCAUGGUGUGAUACGCACGGAUUUGGGGCGGUUGGAAUAUAUGGAUGAUUUAAGUAUGACGCAGCCGGUGAUCGAUAAGAAGAUCAUGGAUUAUCGAAUUGAUCCGAAUUGGACGCUGGAUCAGGAUAAAAUCGGAGACGAAUUCGUGGCAUACAUGGACAAAGUGAUGGAAGAGAAUCCCGAAGAUGUAGAUCAUGAUGACCCGCAAUGGAUAGAUAAACAUAGGCCGAAUAGAUUAGAUUCGCUGAAGGCGCUGCAGAAGGAAAUGGGGGAUCCGAGUACGUUUGCUAUUGCCCCGCAGGUUCCUGGGAAUUUUACAAAGGAACCGGGUGAGGUGGGGGUAGCGAAGGAGGUGGAUGAGGAUGAUGAAGAGGGACUUGAUCCCUUGGAUCCAGAUGGAACUUAUGCGAAGUUGCGCCACCAAACUGGACUUACUAUGGAUGAAAUCCUCGAAUUUGACACCAAAGUCCUCGUCAGUCAUCGAGUUGUCAACCAAACUCGUCUGGGGAAAAUCGGCAGUAUAUACACGUUGGCGAUUGCAGGAAAUGGAAAGGGAAGAUUAGGGUUAGGAGAGGCCAAAGGACAAGAAUCGGAAGAUACGAAUAAUAAUGCGAAGAUUGCGGCUAUCAAGAACAUGCGACCUGUUCCCAGAUAUGAAGAACGGACGAUCUAUGGGGAUGUGGAGGGAAAAGUUAGUGCGGUUGAAGUCAAGCUUAUGGCGAGACCUCCUGGAUUCGGCCUUCGAUGUCAAAAGAUUAUAUUUGAUAUGGCCAAGGCAGUUGGCAUUCACGAUCUCUCAGGAAAAGUACCACGCUCGAGGAAUAAGAUGAAUACGGUUAAAGCCACUUACCAAGCAUUUAUGAAGCAACGAAUACCAGAUGAGAUUGCUAGGGGCAGAGGAAAGAAACUUGUGGAUGUCAGGAAGGUUUAUUAUGGAGGAAAGGUAUAG